UCGCCGCCUGCGGUUGAAGUGUUGUGCGGAGAACUCCGAACCUACCCAUCUGCUGCUGCUGCUGUAAAUAGCCGGUGCCGGACUAAAGCCCCAAAGAUCACCGCGGGACCUUGGAGGCGCUGCUGUUGGAAGGAAAGUAUGCCCCAGACGCCUCCCUUCGCAGCCAUGUUUGACAGCAGUGGCUACAGCCGAUACCUGUUCCAGUCCAAAGAGGACAGCUGUGAAGGGCUGUAUUACCAUGACAACAAUUUGCUGUCAGGAUCUUUGGAAGCUCUCAUCCAGCACUUGGUGCCCACUCUUGAUUACUACCCAGAUAGCUCCUACGGGGAUCGGAAGAAGUCUCGGAAUCUGGAAGCUUACGUGGAAUGGUUCAAUAGACUGAGUUAUUUGGUUGCCACAGAAAUAUGUAUGCCUAUAAAGAAAAAACACAGAGCAAGGAUGAUAGAAUACUUCAUUGACGUCGCCCGAGAGUGUUUCAACAUUGGCAACUUUAACUCUUUAAUGGCUAUUAUUUCUGGAAUGAAUAUGACUCCUGUCUCCAGAUUAAAGAAAACCUGGUCAAAAGUCAAGACUGCCAAGUUUGACAUUCUGGAGCAUCAAAUGGACCCUUCCAGCAAUUUCUACAAUUAUCGCACAGCUCUUCGUGGGGCUACCCAGAGGUCUUUGACAGCUCACAGCAGCAGAGAGAAGAUUGUGAUCCCAUUUUUCAGCCUGCUUAUCAAGGAUAUUUACUUCCUCAAUGAAGGCUGUGCCAACCGCUUGCCCAACGGCCAUGUCAAUUUUGAAAAGUUUUGGGAAUUGGCUAAACAAGUGAGUGAGUUUAUGACCUGGAAGCAAGUGGAGUGCCCUUUCGAGAGGGACCGGAAAAUCCUUCAAUACCUGCUCACCAUUCCAGUUUUCAGUGAGGACGCACUUUAUUUGGCCUCGUAUGAAAGUGAAGGUCCAGAGAAUCACAUUGAAAAGGACAGGUGGAAGACACUCAGGUCCGCGCUUCUGGGAAGAGGCUAAUGCAUGAGUUGGGUGCUUUCUGCAGUUGCUGCUAUGAUCUUGACCUGGGUUCUUAGGAUGAAGGCCAUGGCUGAGGUCGCUUAUUUAUUUACCCAUCCCUCGUCUCCUCCUCUUGACGACCAAGAGGCGCGUUUUUAAGUUAUGAGAGCUAAAUAGUUGGUGAAGAGCAAGUCGGGACAUGAUGUUGAGAGGAAAGCCCAGCUGACACGAGUCAGGAAAGGCAAGCUUUCUUCUACCCACUGAUUGUCCGAUGAAAGGGCCAGUUGGGUGGCAUGCGGUUGAUCAAAGAGGACCCAGUGAAGGAAGCCUUUUGAAGAUCCGAGUCUACUGUGAAUCCUUUUGAAGCACCUGGAUGGGAUUUCCCCCCCCUCCCUCAUCCCAUCCCACCUUCAAACUCUGCUCAUCAGGCUUUCUGGUAUUUCCACAUUUAUUGGAUUCCAAGUAGAACUUCCCUUCAAUCGAUCCAAGGCCAACUGGACUCUUUCAGAUGCCACCAGGAUCCGAGGAAGAUUUUCGCUGACGAUUCUUGUCGAAAAGAAAUCUGGGAACUCUUGCGGUUUUUCCCUUGAAGGGAUAAAUGGCUCACGACGUAGUGUUUGUUGCGGGUUCCUUAAGAUGUUCAGCUAUUUAUUACGAAAAGGGGCACGAGUGCUCUGGAUUUUUUUUGUUUGUUCGUUUGUUUGUUAGUUUGCGAGUUAGCUGCUGGUUGGCUAACUCAGACUAGAUACUAAUUGGAAGUUUAAAAUAUUAAGUUCAGCAAUAGCGCUAGGAGAAACGGAGGCUUAGAAAGCUAGGUAGCAAAAUGUAGCUAAACUAUGUAGAAAUGUCACCCUUCUUCUUAAAUGUAUUAUUGUGCUGGGGUUGUUGUUUUUUUUUUCAUCUGGGCACAUCUGCGCUACAAAGCCAUCUGAAUUGGGCAUGAAGCCAGUUUCAUUUCCGUGACAUUCUCCAACGAGAAAUUUGGUAUGGAAAUCCGGGUUCAAUUUUGAAAGAGAGACCCGUUGGAAUAAAGCGGGACUCCGGGUUUGAGGUCCUUCAUUGAUGGGACCUCUAAACUGGCUUAGAGAAUGUUUGUUUCCAAAACUGAUUCGUUGGAGAGCCAGAAUAAUCAGAGAGGUUUGGAGCUGGCUUACAUUUCGUAAUGUGGGCUUUUCUGUACUUUUCUGCAUCUUUUUCUUCACUCUCUGUAUUAUUGAAUUAAUUGAUUUUGUUUUCUCCUUGAGAGGGUGAGGGGGGAAAAAACCUGCUGGGGAUUGUAGGUAGAUAUCAAUUAUGAUUUUUCAGGUGUGUUUUUUUGUUUAAUGUGCGGAAAUAAUAUCUGAUCUAGCAAUGCUAAUUUAAACUCUGAAAUCCUACAGACCCAUUGAAAGUUUCUCCUAGCUGAGUCUCCAGCUAUAAACUCCAUGUUUGUUUGGUUUUUUUGUUCCAAGAACCUCUGAAAUUUGCUUUGACUACGAAACAAGUCCUGUUAUGUCUGUGGUAGCUCUGAAUGCUUAGUCCCCGUAUUGCCUUCCCCCAAGAAAUUCUGAAAAAUUGAAAGUCCGUUAACAAGUCAUAUCCAGAAAAGGGAUUUGUAUGAGAUAUG